CCAAUCUCCGCUUGAAUUUCUCCAUUCUGUGACAAUAUGAGGCCGCUUAUCCUGCUGCAUCCGCAAUUGCGAGCCGCACUUCCGCGAAGUGUCCGGCGGAGUCUCAACAGCAAGCUGUUUGCUCGGCUGAAGACCACCGAGAACGCGGCUCGCAGCCCAAAGAAUGAUCCUUUCAUCAAAAGACCAGCGCACCCCGAGAGUAUGUUCUAUAACAAGGAACCCGACCCGGCCAGUUACGCAUAUGGGAAGCUCUUUGCGCGGAAAGGACCGCCCGAGGUGAUUCUCAUCUACAAUGGUGGGGUCCAUAAAGCCAUGUUCCUGGCGGCGUUGAAGAUCACUGGCAUUCUCCUGUACGGAGUGACGAUUGCUUUCAUCUUACCAGAGUUCAUGAGUGGGGAGUAUCCUGAAUGGUAUGCCCCAGCAGCUCUUACUCUUGGUGCGGUCCCGAUGCUCUUCAUGGCUUACAAUGGGGCUACCUUUGUUUGCUAUAUUCACCUGUUUUUGCCAAUGGCUGCUCGGCAGUCUCGGCAGGCGGCUGAGGAUUAUGCAAGAAAUCUUCCGCCGACAGCUCGGCUGUUCAUCACGACCAUGGCGUUCUCAGCUAGACCUAUAAAGAGGGAGGUACAUCUCAAGAACCUUGUCCCUGAAACUACGCUCAGGCGUCCCGUGAGCUUCAAAGACGUGGGUCCCGAAUCCAAGAAAGGGUACUGGACUCGGGGGUUGACGGAAUUCUGGGCGGCGCCCAAGAGCCACCGCGGAAAACAGUCGACUGCCUUCUAUCCUCACCUGUGGCCGGCAGUGAGGGAGCAGAUUGAGCGGAGGGCGCCGUGAGGGAAAUCUGGAUUUCUUUGGCGUUUGGGGAGUUCAAUUUGAGAGAACUGGCAUGGAGGUUUCUUAUAUUAGUGGUACUGGAGACGUGGAUGACAUCUAGCUCAGCAUCUUUACUCCCGAUUUGAAAACCUACGAUACUCUUUAUAGCAUCUCUUUCGGGCCAAAUAGACCCAUAUCACUUCACUUUACUCUCACUUCCAGCCUGUGUUAUGCCUUAGAGUGCCUUCGUGCUCUCCCAACAACACUUUGCCGUGUCCGGUCACCAUUCACUCACCACAGCUGAUAUUUUUUCCAUAUACCUCUUAUUUCUGACCUUUCCCACUUUUACUUGCUUCUCCUCAUAGUCAAAACAGCC